UCCUCCUCCUCCUCCCUCCACUCCUCCUCCUCCUCCUCCUACCACUCCCCGUCCUCUGGUGUGUCAUAAUGGUGGGAUCUCCCUGGAUGGCGUCUGUGUCUGUCCUGAUGAAUGGACUGGAGAGACCUGUUCACGAGAGAAUUUUUGUCGAGCACAACAGCUGAGUGGGUUUAAUUUCCCACGCACACCCAUCGGCUGGUUUGCAUAUUCUGAGGAAGUCUGUCCAACAGGAACAAGUGGUGCUGGUAAAUCGGAGGCUUCGACCAGGUGUUCCACCAUCAACGGAUCACCCAGUUUUGAACCUAAAGUGCAGCGUCUCCAGUGUGACCAGACGCUCAGCGACAUACAACAGAAUCUCACCAGUCCAGCUGAUUUAGAGUCGCUUGCGAGCAGCACUCAAAUUCUGACCUCCCAACCUGAAGCGCUGACGGCUGAAAACGUUACAACAGCAGCUCAGAUCGUGGACAGACUGCUGCGGUCUCCUAAUGCUACAGAGAGCGUCAGGGUGGCAGCAGUCGCUACAGUCAGUCAGCUGCUGAGCGCUGCAGACGUCAGCCAGGAAAUCAACUCCACUCUGGGUCUGACAGAAACCCUGGACGAGCUCUCCGUGAACUUGACCCUCGGUCUCAACACAACUCAGUCUCAGGUGGUUCAGCCGAACCUUGUGGUCCAGUCGGCACAGAUCCCAGCUGCAGACACUCAGGGGGUCCAGUUCACCUCUCUGUCAGGAACGUCUGGAAGUUUUGUUGCUGAUCGAAUUGAGCUGAACACGAACACGUCAACUGUUGUGGUGGAAAACGGGUUUGUAGCCGACGCCCUGAUAUACGUACGAUUCCCAGCAGAAGCUGCUGGUGUUCGUCAGAAGCGGCCGAAUGUCUCGCUGGGUUUCGUCCUCUACCAGAACGACCGAUUCUUCAGGUCGAGGCGCUACAGAAGGCAGCGGGCCACCACCAGGGUGCUGUCGGCGACACUGGGAGGCCAAGAUCACAGCCUGGUGCCGGACCACGUGGAGAUAAUGUUCAGACCAACAAUGCUGAACGGGACGUCGCUGUACAACUUCGCCUGUGUUUUCUGGAACUAUGACGUGAGCGACUGGAGCACCGACGGCUGCUCCAAAGGAAACGCUUCAGACGGACUGCUGAGAUGUUUCUGCAACCACACCACCAACUUUGCUGCUCUCUGGACAUACAGAGAGAAAUACGACUAUGCAGAAGCCCUGGACUGGAUUUCCAUCGUUGGACUUUCUCUUUCUAUCGUUUGCUUGGUUGUAACGAUCGGCCACCACAUUAAAGAGAACUUUCGGAUCAACUCUAAAGAAGAGACUAACAACAUGAACUUAAAGAUCGCCCAGCUGUGUAUCUACGUCAGCCUGCUGGCCUUCAUCGUCACCUUCCUGUCUGGAGUUCAGAACUCCAGCAGACAGAACGACGCUCCGGUGGGGGUCGACGAUGCAAACAACACCAUCCUGGACUCUGAUGAGCGCGUGGAGCCGGACAGAGGCUCGUGCACGGCGGUGGCGGCUCUGCUUCACUUCUUCCUGUUGGCCACCUUCAUGUGGAACAGCGUGUACGGCACUCAGAUGGUGCUGCUGUUCUGGACAGACGGGGAACUUCCUCCAUACUGGAGUAUAAUCAGUCACACUGUUGGAUGGGGUCUGCCGGCGGUCGUCAUGGCGACCACCCUGGGAGCCACCUACAGACUGGACAGUCCUCUGGGAUACAGGCAGGAGGAGUUUUGCUGGCUUGCAGCUCUGGACAAGAACAAACAGUUUAACUUUGGGAAGCCGAUGUUUUGGGCUUUCCUGCUUCCUGUUGGCCUGAUCCUGAUCUACAACAUCCUACUGCUGGUUCUGACCACAUGGAGGACUGACAGAGAGCAGAAGAGCACCAAACCUUCGUCUCUGAGGACGAUGUUCCUCAUCAGUUUGUCUCUGGCCGUGUUGCUGGGUGUGUCCUGGACUCUGGGGUACCUGGUCCUGGCCUCUGAGGGAACCGCCCACCUGGUCUUCAGCAUCAUCUUCUGUCUCUGCACCACCACACAGGGGCUUCAGAUUUUCAUCCUCUUCACAGCCAGAACGCCGUCCUUCAGAGCCUCCGUGUCCCGGCCUGUCCGCUACAUCUCAGCCGUAAACAUGCACCUCAACAGCAGAUCCUACAGCCUGACCAAGGCCUUAUGGAGCACCGCUGGUUCUGAGUCCUACAGAGACCUGAAGGACCAGCAGGAGUCUCUGUUCUAGUCUGCAGGUACAUGGGUGUCCUUGUGGAUCACAUUCAUGUGAGAUUAUUAUUCUGCUCAUGGGAUCCCAGAGAAUCACUGAGACUUCUGACUGACACUUCAGAGGACCUGAUCAUCUCUGACAGUCCAGAACUGCAGAAUUUUAAUGUGUUUAAGUUUUCUGCACCAUCAGAAUAAUCCAGUGAUAGUUGUCUGUACAUCCACAAGUAGCCUGUGAACAGGAAGUGCUAACAGCUUAUUCAGCACACUUUCAGUGGAGAACCAAAAUAUACACGUACAUUUUGCUUCGAUGUGUCUUCUGCAGCAGCUCCAGGAUUCAGUGACGGAACUACAUUUCCCAGAAGGCAUUGUGACAGAGAAAUCAAGUGAAAGUCAAACGGAAAAAAUGCACCAAAAUGAUUGUUUUCAUCAUCACUUUGUGUUUUUUAAUGACCUGGAGGAACGAUGAUGAAAACUGAACCGGUCCACUUCUGCUUCAGCUGUUUUUGGUGGAAAUCAUUAAAAAUCUCAAAUAACUCAAGUAGGUGGAAAUGACCAAACAACAAAAAUGUCUGUUGAAUCACCCUGAAACUACCACCAUAAUUACCCCAAAUGAAUUGAAAAUGAACCCAAUAUGAUUUAGUUGUAAUAUUCUGCUGUUUUUCAACAAGCACAAAGUAAACAGCUGGUAAAUUCUUUAGUACUUUUCCAGCUGAUAACACCAUUUUAAUUUACAACUAGUUUGUGUGUAACUUCUGCAGGUCAGUGAACUGAAAUAUUAUCUGUUGAUUUGUUGUGUUGUUUUUAAAUAUCAAAAGAUUGACAUUUAACUUUAGUAGCAUGAAGACAAGUGUUAUUAGAUCUUAACAGAUGAUUAAUUAAUGAUAUUUGGAAAAACAGGGAAUUAAUCAUUUGAUUCUUGAGAUGGUGAAAAUAGUAAAUAGUUGAAAAUUGACUUCAGUUUAUUGACCUGCAGAAAUUAGUUAAUUAUUAUCUGCGUGUCGUAAAAAAGCAGAAUACUGUCAUGAAAUCAUGUUCAACAAAUACUGAGGUCGUCACUGUGGUCGCUUUGGGUCAUUUCAGAGAAAUUUCAAAUAUGUUGCUAUUGUUUGUUUUGUACGUGUGAUUUGAAACGAUUUCUGUUUCGGGGGUCAGUUUGUUCUGCAAACUGUUUUUGAUCCAAAACUCCUGUCAGGGACUCAAACGGACCCCAUGGAACAAAAAUCUCUUUUAUUCAUUUAUAAUAAAUCUGAGUAUGAACUGAAGUGGAUCAUCUUUAUAAAUCGGUGACUCUGUUUCAGCUGCAGGUGGCAGCAGCUCGACAUUUAAUAACAAAGCUGAGCAAGUUUCUGUGUGAGGGAAAGACAGACAGUACUACAGUUUUAAAUUGUACAUUUACUCAUUAAUUGUUUGUUUUUCUAUGUAUAUUUUAGCAUUGUUUUAGAUUAUUUUGUGUAUUUUCUUUAUUGUGUUUAUUCAGUUACUGUGUUUCUGCUGGAUGAAUGUUUGGUUGUACAGUUUUGUUAUUUUAAAUAAAAUGUUGUUCAUGUAUUUCAUUAACUUCCCGUUUGUUGUUCUUGAGUGACAGACGGAGAAAACAUCUUAUAUUCACUCAUCGUAUAAAAACAGGAAACUGCUGUCAUGAUAAAACUGAAUUAAGACAAAAUGAUUUAAUUUGAUUGAUGAAAUGUUCUGUUAAUGUCCUAAACUGGGCUUUCAGAUUGUUUAUAUUAUUGAAAACUAACUGAGGGUCUGAACUGGUGUCAUACUGGUUGUUUGUGCUAUAAACACCAUUUUAAAAUCAGCCUGUACAUAAUAAAACUAUUAUUUUAUAUUAUUAAAUGGUUUUUGAAUGUC